UAUCAGCUGGGACUGUUUACAAACAGCGAAAGGUCGAUUAUUAGGUCAAGGUAAACGAACGACGUUUUCGCGAUUUGAAAGAGAAUUCAUUUGAAAACUACGAAAUAAAUAAAAUUUCUGACGUUAUUUGACAUUCUUAAAUUCAAAUCAUUGCAAGGAACAACCAAUAGAGCCAUGCCGUGCUGCUCCUUCACGGAUGCUCUAUAUGCAAAGUAUGGAGAAGAAAUGGAGGAUAAAGGAUGCAAUCCAUGUGAAAUAUUUGUAGUUGGUAGUGCACCAGGUCGUUCAAGUCCAAGUGGGAGGCUAAUUAUACCUCGUGCAUUAACAUUGAAUUGUUGUGGAAUAGAAAAUGCUGGCUCACAAAGGACAAUUGAGGAACUCUGUCAUGAUGUUGAAGAAUUAGAUUUAGCUCAGAAUCAACUUAAUGAUUUAAAAGAAUUUCAAUUUAGCAGAUGAAAUAACAAAGUAUAAAGUUAUUUUGUAUCAGAAUUGACACAAAGGACUUUGACUAUUUGCUGCAUUAUUCUGUUUAAUACUUCAAGCAUAUAUCCUUUUUGCUCAAUCAAAUGUAUUAUAGGAAGUUCUGUCUUCCUUAUUGCAUGAUAUUUACAAAUAUAUAAUGAAUAGAAUUUAACUGUCAUUAGAAUUAUUAAAGUGAAAAUAUUAAUGUCAUGAAUGAGUUUAGUAAACCCAGUUUUUUAAAAAUAAUUUUUAAUUUUUUAAAAUGUGUUAUUAGUUUUAUUUUAAAAAAUUUUGAUAUUUAAUGUAAGAACAUGUUAUAUU